AUGUCCUCGAAAGUGAGUUUUGUGAAGAGGAAAGAGAAAAAGUGUUCCAAAGAUUGUCCUGCUGGGGAGAGUCCUUCGGAGGCCUGUCAGUUGGGAAACUCGACGGUUUGCAGCACUCCCGGCGAAGUUUGCUAUCAGAUGAAUACUUCAGCCAUCUGUUGCAGUAAGUGGGAAAAAAUUGGUAAAGUUGAAUGAAAAAAAGUCGUUAUAUCUCUUCAAAUAAAAUUUGACUCAAUCGAAAUCGAUCCAAGGAAAGUCAGUUUACUUUCUGGCUCAAACUUCCCUGAAAUAAGGCCUGAUUACUCCUAGGCAUACCAGAUGAAUAUCCUGAAAGGGUCAACCUGAGCAAUCCAGCAGUUCUCAAGAACUGAAGGUCUGAAAAUCAGAAAAGGAUUUCUUUCAACGGGUUUCAAGGGUUUUUGUUGUCGUUGGGGUGUCCUUUCUCGAAAACUAGAAAGUUGGCAAGGUUAAGACUUUCACUAUCUUCUUCUGGAAGAUCAAGGAGUGUUCUGAGAAAAUCUCAUGAUGUUCCUAACAGCAUAGAAAGUGGCAUCACUUGUUGAAUCUGUGGGAAUAUAACCCAGCGGUAAUUUACGAAAAAGGAUAUUUUGAAUUUAUUUAUGGUUUUAUAUUUGUAGCGCGAAGUAACGUCUUUAAAAAUGAUUCACAAAAACACAUUUCUAGAAAGUGUACUUGAAGAUGUAUCAGACAAGACCAGGAAAAACUCAAAUUUUGAGUUUUCUGCAGAUUUUUUUCAAGUCCUCUUCCAAAAUAAAUCGUUUCAUAUUGAGUUCCUUACCGUUGCAAAUCGGGCAUGAUCGCCGGUCGGAACGACUCGAAAAAUGCCCAAAUCCUUCACAUUCUUGCUCCUCCUAAGGGAUGUCCGACAUUGGAAAGAAUGGAAAACUCUUCGUCUGGCAAUAUUUGCUGUCGUGAGUCACAGACUUUUUCCGUAAAUGUUUUAAAAAAAUGAUUAUAACCCUAGAUUUUAUAUUAAACGUCAGAUAAAAGAAAAUAACAAAAACGAAACUUUUUGAAGCGGCUCCAACAUCUUUCUUCCUUCACAAGUCGAAUAUAUCAGCCGAGUUGAAACUUCCGAGUGGCUACCUGAAAGGACUGCCGUCCCCGGAAAAAUGUCUCCGCAACAAAGAUUGCGGCUCGAAAACGUUUUGUGACGCCGCCUACAAUGAAAACUUCCCGGAAGACAGGAAACUUUCGUUUUUCUGCUACGACUGUGAGAUUUAUUUUUAUCGAAAAGAAAGGAAAAAAACUAAAAAAAAAUGGUAUUUAAACUACAAAAAAAUGAAAAUAACUAUAAUUUGAAAAAUAUUGCGCCAGAGUCUCAGCUCAAAAUGAGAAUUUUAAUACUUCACUCACUAGACGUAGUUUUUUAGACUAGACUUGCAUCUGUGCACAAAAAUAGUAUUGAAAAAAAAUGAACAGGCCACAAUAAUAAAAUAAAACAACGACAGGCCUACUCUAGAGUGUCUGGAUCGUGUGAAAAUUCGGAUAUUUGGAGAUUUCUCGAUCAAUUGCCAUAAAUGAGCUCAAUCGGUAAUUUUUUCAGACUGUCACGGUAGAGUUUAAAAGAACCUGAUAGAACCCUAUGAAAAAAACGACCUUAAAAUUUAUUAUUUUUUUCUUGACAUUCUUCUUAAAAGGAUCUUUUCAAGAAAGUAACAAGAAAAUGGCGGGAAAUAGUGAAAAAAGGAAUGUCAGGGAAACUUUCAACAUUUUAAGAAACUCGAAAAAGAGUUUUAGAUUCCUCUUUUUGAGGCCGUUUGGACUUUGCCCGCUUUUCUGCGCCAAAAAGUCGAGUUUUAAAAUGUUUCAAAAAUUUCGAAGUAUGACUAAUUUUGAGUAUCGUCUGAUAAUCUUCAGAUAUCGAUCCAGCGGCUUUGGAUCACAAUUGGGGAGUUGAACCUUGCAACGAACACCAAGAUUGCGCCAAUUUCUGUUUCACCACACCCAAUUCCACCGUCUCUGCUCUAGAAAGCCCGCAAAUUAGUCAGAAUAGAACCGUUGACUUCAAAGGAUUCUGCGUCGAGAGUUCGUUCGAUUCUGAUUUUCCACAAUUUAGAACGUUGUGAAAUGGUUUGGAGCGUCGCGGUUGCGCUGCUUUUUGGCAGUUGAACGGAAGCUGCGCCCGACUUUAGGCGGUUUGCGCUUUUUCUUCAGAUAAGUGUCACUUACAAGCAAGUUUUUUUAUCGAAACAUUAGCACUCUUGAGAAAAUUCACCGGUUCAAAGUGACCGCGAAGCUUUGAACCAUUUCUCUCAACGACCGUCAAACGUUCUAAAUCUUCAAUUUCAUUCUCCGAUACUCAUAAUCUAGCUUUAGCCCCAAAAUGUCCUUUCGGAACCUUCGGUAUGAGUCAAAAUGGCACUGAGAAGCAUCACUGUCAGAAAGACGACGAUUGUAAAGUCGAAAACGACCCCGACGGUUUCAAAGUGUAAGUUCUCGAGUCAAUCCUUUUCUCACACCUUUUCACAUUGUUUUAUCGCCAGCAACUUUUGAAAAAAAAAGUGAACGUUUCGUUUUUUUCAUAUUCGAAAGCGAAACCCACAUUUUGAAGUCAUUGAUGAGCUAGAGGAGAACUUUUGAAAAUUUUCAUUUUGUUUCAAAAAUUUUAGAUCGAGAUGUGUCUCCGUGAACUACGAGAACGUUUUUGGCAACACUUCGUUCAAAAUAUGUUGUUCAGGUUUGUCUAAUCAAAUUUUGCCAACUCUUCUUGCUUGAUAAAUUCUAACCUCUCUGUAAUCUCUUCUCCCUCACCGGCGAAGUCAUAGAAUAAUGGAAACAUAACUCAAAGUGAAAAGAGCGCAGAGAAAUCAUAUGGUUCCCAGCUUCGGGAAAUAGUUUGUUCGACGCGACUUGACACUUUCCGAGCGUCUGCGUCUCUCUGUUCUCUCACCGGCGAAUUCAGAAAAAAUGGAAAUAGCAUGUUAACGUGAGACGGUCACCAAGAGAUGAAGAGGGCACUGAGAAAAAACAACAAAAUAUUCUUCGAAUUUUAAUGAAAAUCUUUGCAGUUUUCCGCUGCAUUUUUGUGCUUUUUUUUUUAAAAACUCAUGGAAAUUUUGAAGGUCACGCGGAAUGCUCGACGAAAAUGCUGGGUAAAGCGGCGAACGGCACUAAAUGUGGAAAUGGAACUUAUUUGGAAGACACUCCAUCAGCCGGGAAAUUAUGUUGUCGUGAGCCUUAUCAUUUAUCACAUCCGCAAAUUAAUCAAUCAAAAAAUCAUCCAAGUCUUUAUGUUUUCCACCUUUCUUAAACUUAUAUAAUUCAAAAAAAGGAAUUCUUGUAAAAAGGACCCUUUUAGCGGCCUCUCUUUUUGCUCUCGACCUUUCGUAUUUUUGCUCGAGAAAAAGCUCUCCAAUUUCUCUAUUGUAGAGAAGAAUUAAAACUGCGAGUUUAAGUCAUAACUAGUUCUUCAAAUCAAAAUUCGGCUUCCAGCGAUACCGUAUUGGUACGUGGACUUUGAUGCGAAAAAGACUCCUGUCGGCUUCAAUAAAACGUCGGUGAAGCCGCAGAAUCUCGAACACUGCACGACACACGACGAUUGCAAAGUCGAGGAGUUCUGCGACGUCGUCGCGAAUAUUUAUGAGGAAAAUAGAGGUCUCGACAACAGCAACGAUGGAAAACCUCUGAUGUUUUGCUUUGAAGGUUCGGAAAAAAAUAUCUAACCUAAAAAUAUGAAAUUUAAAAUUUGUUUUCAAUUCCUGUUUUCCGUGCAUUUAGAGCCAUUUUUGGAUAUGCCAGCCUCGUCUAAAAAUUUAGGAAAUGUUUCCAAACAAAAAAUUUGGCUAAAAAAUUUGAUACGUUUAUUGAAAGGAACUUUCGAAACUUCAGUCAAUUUCCAUUUAAAAUUUUUUUAGUUCUUACUUAUCUCUUUCUAAUUUACUGAAAUUGUUCUUUUUUUGAAAUCAUUUGAUUUUUAUGGGGUGCCAAUUUUUCUUGUCUUUCGUGCACAUUCUUCUGAUUCGCUUCAGAAACUCUCUCGAGGCUAGUUAUUUCUGGAAUCCGGCGCCCAGACCCCUGUAUUCAUCUUAUUACAUUUUUCUUUUCAUUGACUUUCCUUUAUUGUAUCGAUUUCAAUAACCGCACCUGUUAAAUUCAUGCUAUUUUUGAAGUUAACUCUAAAUCAGUUCCUUUUCGAUUUCUCACACGACAUCCCACAAUACAACUACAAAGAACAAAAGAAAUAAAGGGAAAAAAUGAAACUUCAAAAACGAAGUGAAUAUUUCCAAGAAUCGUUUUCAAAGAUUCAAAUUUGCAAAGAUUCGAGCCCCCAAUAUUGGUGUAUGCACAAUUCCCGCUCACGAAAAUUCGCGCACCCUAAAUCCCUUCCUACCAUCUUUUUGACCUAAAAAAGUUCAAACCUAAAAAAGUUGAUAUGAAGCAUCCUUCAACAUUGUAUCUCCUUCUCAACUUAUCGCUUAAUUUCUUCCUUGAUAUUCAGGUACAAACUUGACAAAAUUUGUACGAAAGGCGAGUUUCGGGUUCAAACUCUGUAAUGUGCUGCAAGACUGCAAAAGUGAAACAGAAUGGUGUGAUGAAAGCGGACAAAAUGCGAAGAAUCUGCGUGGUUAUCCUGAAACAGGCAACAAGGUUACAUUUUGCCAGAUAGGUAAUUAGAGCAAUUUUUGUUUCACAAUUUCUCGUCAAUAUUUUGAGCCGUGUGUAGCGGGAAAAUUCCGACGAGAGGGUUUCUGGUCAAUUCGGGUUUUUGUUCAUCAAAGGAAGAUUGCGCUACGGCCGGACCUAUGAAGAACGACACUGACACAACGAUUUACAGGUUUUCGUCUCCAUAUUUUAUGCCACUUAAUAAUUGAAAACCUAGACCGCGAUGUCAAAUGAUUUCGACUGAUGUCCAUAUGUGUUGUUACGGUAAUUGUUUCUAAAAAUUUUCAGAUCUGAAAAAAAUCUGCAGAAAAUAUCCUUUUAUAUGACAUCUUUCAUCCAUUUUUUUCUUGAAGAACCCAGGAUUUGCUCGACUGGGUCUCAUGCUGGAGCAAAGGAGAAAAAAACGGCUUUUUGUCCUGAGUUGUCGUAUAAAGAAAUUAUCGGAAAAAUCCAGUUAUUGCUGUCGUUAGUUUUUUUAAAUGUUAUUUAAACUUGUGACUGUUUCGAAAAUUUAUACAAAAAGAUGAGAAAACAGUGGAAAAACUUUCAAUUGAACAGGAAGCUUUGCUCCUGAUCAGUUGAAGAAAAUUUUCGCUGGCCAGGUGUCUCAACGGGCGUGCCCAUUGAGUUUCAGUUGAACCUGAAAUAGGAAAACAACGGUUCCGAGAAAGAGUUGACUCAUCUGUUUUAUUUCGUAAAUUUGUUGCUCAACUGAGCUGAAACGGUGCCUCAGCUGGGGUACAAUUUCUCAAAAGUUCUACCACCUGUGCCCAAGCGGGUCUAAUACAGGUAGACCCGCUGUUGUCAGCACGGCUGGGCCACCAGGAGAGGCACCUUUUUUCGAUGAUUUGUUCUCAGUUUAACUAUACCUAGAAUGGAAUAAAUGAAUGACGGAAAAUGUUUUCAGCUACUCCUCUUGCCUUCACCCUGGCGGACACUGGCUCCUUGCAACUAAUGUUGCCGAUUGGAUCUCAGACGAAUCCUCUCCGAUUCGUUGGCAUCCGACAGUGUUCGUAUAACAGAAAUUGUGAGAAAGGCGAUUAUUGCGAUGCCGCCUACAAUGUCUUCAAGAAAGACAAAGGAGGUCUUGAUGAGAGUGGACCCUACGGCCAGCCUAAAAAAUUCUGUUAUAAAUGUGAGUGAGGAAGGCUUUUUUUUUUCAAGGUUUCCUGCUCCAAAACUUGCGAAAAUAAUGGAUGAAACUAUCCCCUCUGAAACUUUGUGCGAUAGGGCGAUUUUGAAAGUUGAAGUCGUGUUCCAAGUAAUUUCGGCGAUUUAAAAAUUGUUGCUCAUCCUGAUUUUUACGCGCGAACUUCAAAUUUUGAAAUGAUUUCGGCGUGUCGUUAAACCUAGCCUUUUUUUUUUAAAAUAAACGCGCAAAAUUGUAAACAGGAUUUGUGGUUUGUACAUAAAUUAAUUAGGAAAAUUUUCAAAGCUUUUUUUUCUCCUCACCUAGUUCGAUAAAUUGAAUUUGGGUCUAUAUUUACAGUCAAAAUCAUCUCAAUUUAUUUUCAAUGUUCUCUUUUUUUCUGGCAUUUUUGCUUCAAGAACUCGAAAAAUAUUUUUCAAAUUUUUUUUUCAAACGUUCCUAGUUUAUUAAAAAAAAAGAGAUUCCCGGCUAUCUGUGUUAGAAUAAGAUUUAUUAAUUGUUCAAACACGGAAAGAUCUCGAGAGCUGAUUUCAACCCAUCGCUUUUAGAAUCAAAUUCUUUCCGAAAUUGUAACGAGCUUGCGAAAAAAUUUAAUUUCAGUACCUGUUGCAAACGGCAACAUCGCAUUAAGAAAAGUAACUGGUAUUGAACUUUGCAACGAAUCCAGCGACUGUCUAAUCGAAGGCAAUUUUUGCACCAAACCGAACGCGACAGGGGGGUACUUCCGAGAUACUAUCUCUGGGAGGAAAACGGGCGUCUGCGCCAGCGGUCGGGUUCUCACUUUUGACAAAAAGUUAACUGAAAGCUGAUUACAGCCAAUUGCACUUUGGCUGGAAAACCGGUUCUCACUCUAUUGGCUGGCUGGGAUUCGUGCAAAUGGCACAGUGAAUGCGAAAAAUACGGCCCUCCGGCUGACCCUUCAAAGAAACCAUAUUGGAUGUUUGUUAUUUUUACAAUUUCAAGAAUUUUCAAAGAAUGCCGUUUUCAAAGUAGUUUCAGUGAAUUCAAAAUUAAAACGUUAUUCGUUUAGAAUGAAAUCGCGGAAUAUAGUCUGUUCAGAUUUCGAAUGUCAACCAUCUAAUAACUUCAACGAUUUUUGUUCUUUUUUGAUCUCAAAGAUAGAAAAAGAAGUCAAAAAAUGCAGCCUUAUUAAAGGGCCAUCGUUAUAUGUACAUAAAACAUUGACGCGAAAGAUAUUCUAGUCUUGGGGGUGGAGUUAGCUGCUUGACAUUCAAAAUCUGAACAGACUAUAUGUUGAAUUGGAAUUCAGGGAGAUGUAGGAAAAUUGGUCCCUAACACGAAAUAUCGGGACAUGUGACUUUACGGUGAAUUUUACAAGCGCGAAUUGAAGUCACUGUAAAAGUCCCAUAUCUCAAUGUAAUUUCGAAGGACCCGAUUUUUUUUUUCCCGCAAUCAACUUACAAUUUACAGCGCCAAUUGUAAGGAUGUUCAACUGAAUCUCAAAACUUUUGGAAGUUUUUGCUGCUACAGUUAGUUCUGAUCUCUGAUUCAUAUGUAAGUGGAUAAUUCCAGCGCAAGAAGUUUGUCCCAAUGGUAUGUUUGCUGGACAGCCGCUUUACGGUUCUGGGAAGGCCGAAUGUAUCGCAGGAUCUGAACUGACACAUUUCGCUGAAGUGGAAGGGUGUUGUCGUGAGUUUUUGGAUUGUGUGAAUAAUUCUUUUUUUUUUCGAAACUCGGAAAAGGUUGUGUAUUCCAAGGAAUCUUGGAGAGAGAGGGGGGAAAAUCAUGAAUCGUUUGAUGGAAAGUUGAGAGACUCUUACGAGUAAAAAAAAACCUUGCGAGAUCUAUUUUAACUUGAAUGAAGUGAAACCGUGAUGAAGUGAUAACAAGAGUAAUUUUUUUUUACAUUUCUUCGAGAAUUCUCUGUUUCGUGGAACUCGCAAGGGCUGCUUUGUCUGUUCAGAUUUCGAAAUCCAAGCAUUCCUUUGAGCUCCGCCUCUAAUGGCGCGAUGAACCAAUCCGCUAGCAAGCCACCCACAGAGCAUUUUUUCGAAUGACGUCAUUGUACUUGAAAUCCAAAAUCUGAAUAGCCCAUGUACAAGAGGUCGGGUCCUGCUCAGAAAAAAAUUUCUUACUCGAACGAUUUACGAUGACCACCCUUUUUUGAGGUGAAUAACUUGAAUCUACAAUAGCUAAUUUUGUUCAUGAAAAAAGGAUGACACUGGACCCUUCCCCGGGAUAAAUUGCGCCCUACCCACCGCUAAGAGCAAGGUUCUAGCCCACACGAAAAUUUGAAGCGAGUUGCUAAUUUACGGACUUCUAAGUAAAGGUUCUCACACGAAAUUUAGAAGAAGUUUCCUAACUGAUUUUUCUGAGCGAAACAAUCAAUAAGUAUCGAUUUUUGAGCAAUUCCUCGCUCCUUCACCCUACGUGAAACGGACAAAAACGUGUUGCCUGCGGGCUACAGAGAAAACACCUUCAAAAGAUGCGAUAUCAACGCCGAUUGCGACAAAAACCAGUUUUGCGACGCCACUUACAACAUCUUCGUCAGUUCCAAUAGAGGACUCGACAGCAGUGGUCCUGAAGGAGUUCCCACGCUGUUCUGCUACAAUUGUGAGCAUUUCUGAUUAAUCCCGAUUUGAAAGGCUAGAUAGGCAGAUUGGCGAGGGUGACGCGUUGCGUAUGCGACGCGGCUUUUGGCGGGAAUUUCGAAGUCAAACGAGAGCCUUUUUUUCUGUCAAUUUCUCGACAUAGUCCAUUCCGCGCCAGUAGCUCGCUAUUCAUUUCCUCCAAGUUACAGAACCUUUUCUCGAAGGACGCGACUAGUCACCGUGCGUGGGGCUUUGAUUUGACUUCAGAGUUCCGUUAUGUUUUAGUUUAAAUUUCCAUGAUACCGAAGGCGUAUGCACAGAAUCAAACAGCACACAUUGAAGAGAAGGCUACUGUAGUUCGGAAGAAAAAGAAAUUCGUGAAAAUUAGUGGCUGAAUGAGCUAAAUUUUUUUUAUGGUUUUGUGAUGUUAGUUAGAUUUCAAAUUCCAAGUAGCCCACUCCACCUACCACUUGAACUUCUACAUUUUUCAGUACCUCAAAUUCCUGGAAUCAUUCACAGAGAGGAGACCAGAGUUGGUCUUGUCCUUUGUGACGUAAACAAGGAGUGUCAUCCGGAAGGCUACUGUUUCAAGCCAGAACAGGGAAAACUCGCGGACUUCAAAAAUCCAUGGACUCAAAAAGCUGGUCUAUGCGCGGAAGGUGCUUUUCUUAAUUGAUUGAGAAGAAAACGAAAGAUGAACGGCUUUUUCCAUCAGCAUUUCACCCCUUACCCAAUUAAAAGUUCUAUUCAGAGCUUUUUCGCAAAAAAUAUCAGUGGGGUUCAAGGUUUCUGAUUCUCAAAAAAGAAGUGUUCAACAGUCGUGUGUCCUCUGUCUUUUUACUGAAUUAUAAUUUGCUUAUUUUGCUGAACAUGUCGAAAGCUCCUGAAAACUUUGACUCUGAAAGCGGUUUUUACAGCCGUGUGUCCAUGGCCGGCCUCUCUCCCGCAAGCAAGUCCAACGGGAGAAGACGUUGAAUGCGAAUCCGGCUCGGAUUGCCACAAUUCGGGACCUUUGAAAGGAAUCCACGACUACAUUAAACAUUACUUCUUGUGAGCAAGUUUUAGUUUUUCGUAUUAUUUCCCCUUUCCAGUAAGAGAUGUGAAACUCUGAAGGGUACGUCCAUCUGGCCUUCGGUCAGACUCUGCUGCUUCGGUAAAGUAUAUGUUUUAUUUCUAAAAUCAAAUCUUUCCCAGAAGAAUUGCCGGACGAUAUUUGUCGUCUGGCGAAUGGAAGUCGCUUCCGACCGAAUCUUACGGAGAACGGAUCUGCCUUGCAUAAUUGCUACGACGAGCUUUCGCUGCUGCGAAGAGACUUUGAGCCGGAGAAGCCGAAAGAGGUGUGUGAAAAGUGAGAAGCAGAAAGUCCUUUUGAAGGCACGCAAAACUUUGAUUUCUCGAUUAUUUUAUUAAAUCUGGAUCUUCAGCUAGUUUGAACCAUAGCUAACUAUUUGAAUGGAACCGUAUCAAAAAAAUUCUUUUUAAAUCUUCAUUUGUGGCCAGAAGUCUCGGGCCUCGGUAACGAAAACCGGACACGCUCCGGACGUUUCUGAGCAAUUCUAGGGAUCACUUACGAGGGCUGGCGCUGCUAGACUAGGGACCGCAGACGAAUUUUCAAAAAUUUUUUUUCAGCAUCGAGCUUUGUAUGGUUUGAUAGCUGUUUCGAUUCAAAAACUCAGAACCGUUUAGUUUUUCGAAAAAGAUUAAGGAUGAAAAAAGUUAUGACGAAAAAUGUGGCGCGCCGCGCACCAUUUUUUUAGUACUGAAAUUUUGGUAUUAUCCAUUUUUGACAUUUUUCUCGAUUUUUCUUCUAGAACAAGUUUUGAUACUGGUCUAUUAUGAUGUAAAAAAUCAUAAUAGAGUGCUAAAAUGAUGCUAAUCAGCUAUUUCGCCGAAAAAGUCGGUAUUUUGCAGAAAACAAAAAACUGACGCUUGCGGGUAUCGAACUCGCGACCUCAAAAUGAAAAAUCUCAGCGCACGCACUGCGCCAAGCUGUCAGGUCUAGCGCGGGGAGCUUCCAUCCGCCUUACCCUUGAGCCGUUUAAAUAGCACAGAUUGUCUAUUUCAAAAAGAAAAACUUGAAGUAAUUAAGCUAUUUUUUUAUCAGAAUAUGUUCGCAAAAUCUUUACUCAAACGUUUCGUGGAAAUUCACUUCGAAAAACUGUUUUUUUCAGUGCUUUUUGCCUCUUUUUAACGAUCGCUGCAUUAAAACGGCCCCGUAUAUUUUUCGGCAAAGACGAAUUUUUUUAUUUUAUUCUUUUUAAUUGAAAGAUUUUUUUACUAAUAAAUGUAUAUAAUCGUUUGAAAAACCUGCGUUCGACCGCUUUCUGUGUGAUAAACGCCGCUAAUUUUAUUUUCUAUUUUCAAGAGCAUUUUUGCGUAUCAAACAACUUUUUCAAGUACAUAUGCUGUGGAGAAAAAUUUAAGUAAGCCCAUGGUCUAAAUUUUGAAAAAACAAAAACUCGAUUAUAUUCGCUUGUUAACGAUAUUUUGAAUUAUGACUUUCGGCACUCCCUAAAAUUUUUGGCAAAGACGAAUUUUUUAUUUUAUUGUUUUAAAAUUACCGUUACUUGAAUCAAAAUCAUUAUAUAAAAAAAGAAAGAGUGCGUUCGACCUGAAAACACAUGAAAAAGCAAAAAAUGACAAAAAUUUUUUAGUUCCAUUCACGUUUUUGUACGACAUUCCGCGAGAACGCAUCAAAAAAAGCGUGAAAUAUUUUUUUAAACGAAAGAGGAAGCUUUUUCUGUACAUGUGUGUCAAAUUUUAUUCGCCAGUUCCACAUAUUUUACUACUACAACAAAAUGAAAGUUGAAAACCAAAAAAAAGCCACUUUUUCAAUCGCGAAAAGGGGCGUGGCUUUGCGGUCCCUAUGCUAGACUAAGCAGAAAUGUGUUUUCAAAAAACAAAGUUUAGUUUGCGAUGUACGAUUUGUGAUGCACACUUACUCUAGAAAGUUUUUUGACAGCCAUCUAGACCCAAAUAAGUUAUUUAACAAAUAGCAUCCUCAUGUUGUUCUUUCUUACAAAGAAGGUCGUUCUACCUUGUGUUCGAAAAAUCCCUGAAAUUCGGUCAAAAAACUCACAAAUGUACCAGAAAGCAAUCCAAAAAAUCUUCGAAGUUGUGCAGGUGGAGGCUAUUCAGACUCUUCUUCAUGUACAUCACGAAGUCGCCUGACCGAUUUUUAGGAAAUUCCUAACCGCAAAGUAUAAUGGCCUUCCUGUUAAGUAAACUUGAGUCUCUUUUUUAUCGAAUGUUUUUCGUUGUAGGGGCUCCAUACAAUGGGAUGGAUGUUUUACGCAUUCAUGGGCACCGUCUCUUGUUUCGUUUUUUGCACUUUCUGCACAGUUUUUUCUCUCUUUUCUUAUUUUCACGAUCCAUCGACCCACAGAAAGCAUUAUGUGAGGAGAAGGAAGUCGAUGGAAAGUUUUCGAAGGGGAAGCAAGUAG